UUUCCCAAAAAUGGCCUAAUCUCCGAUAAGAUAUUCGGUUCAAGUAUAUUUGCAAACUGUAUUUAAUGAAAGGCCAUGUGUAUUUUGGAUUUACAAUGUUAAAACAGAAGCAAAUAAAAUUCAAGAGAUUUUUAAAAUUGUCGUAUAAAUAUCUAAGAUUGUCUGGAUAAAUAAUAAUUUGAAAAAAAAUGGAGCAACGGUCUGAAGUGGUUUAUAAAAGUGUUUGUGAGAAUGUAGAAGGGAAACUUCUAUUGAAGAAAGAAGAUGGACCACAAAGAAAAAAUAGAACCUUUUUGUAUCUUUCAGCGGUCAUAGCUAAUUUAUUUAUCUUCGGCGUAUCGAGUCUAUUCAGUUGGACUUCAUCUGCAAUAGAAAAAUUAACUUCAAAUAGUUCAGAUAUCAAUCCAUUGGGAGAACCAAUAACAGCAGUUCAAGAAUCAUGGAUAGCCUCUUUACUGCAACUAGGAGCAGCAAUUGGCCCGCUUCUAUUUGGAAAGCUCUCCGACAUAAUAGGAAGAAAGAAGACUCUACUAAUAAUGGCAGUUACGAACGUUAUUUGUCUGUCAAUACUAUGUUAUGCAAGAAACAUAACCAUUUUUUAUAUAUGUAGGUUUAUAAAUGGUCUAGUUAUAGGAAUGGCAUUCGCUAUUACACCAGUAUAUCUUUCAGAAAUCUCAGAAGUACAUAACAGAGGAGCGAUCUCAACCUUGCAGGGGAUCUUCAUGAACGGAGGGGUCUUGUUUAGUUUUUUAUUAGGACCGCUCUGUUCUCUUAAGCUUCUAACGUUUCUGUGUGCCUUACCUUUAAUUUUGUUUAUUAUUUUAUUUGGUAUAUUCAUCCCAGAAACUCCAGUAUUCCUAGUAUCUGUGCAUAAGGAAGAUGAGGCAAAGGAAGCUCUAAAAAAAUUGAGAAUGGCAAAAGACGUUAAUGAUGAGUUUAAAUCGAUAUUAGCUUCAUUUGAAGCUUUAAAUAAAAAAGAACAAGGUGCUUUAGAGGUAUUUAAAGAUGCUGGAUCUAGAAAAGCUCUGAUUAUAACCAUAGGAUUAAUGUUUACUUCGCAAUGUUCUGCAGUUAAUUCAGUCGUAAGUUAUCUUGAUACUAUUUUUAAAGCGUCUGGUUCCACUCUACCACUCUACUUUUUAACAAAUGCAGUGGGAGUUAUACAAGUUGUUGGAAAUUGUAUUUCGGUAGCAUUAAUAGAGAAAUUAGGGAGAAAAAUUCUAAUUUUGACAUCGGUAGUAGGUAUUUUACUUACCGAAAUUACACUUGCAGUUUACUUUUACCUCAAAGAUGUUCAACAAUACAAUAUGGAAGGGAUGUCUUGGUUACCAGUUACUAGCACAAUUGCCUUCAUCUUUUUUAUAAGCUUAGGGUUAUCUCCACUACCGUUUACCAUUAUGGGAGAGAUCUUCUCUCAUAGUACCAAAGCUUUUGGAUCAGCUCUCGGUUGCUGUUCUGGUUUCCUUUUCUCUUUUGUCGUCACCUUUCUAUUUAGGGUAUUUAUGAACUUGUAUGGCCUAGCAUUUUGUUUCUCUUUGACCAGUUGUUUCGUGUUUUGUGGUAUGGUCUUUAUUUACUUUAUGCUUCCCGAAACGAAAGGAAAGAGUGAAAGUGAAAUUCAACGAAUGUUAAUAAAGUAAAUAUUAGAUUAUGUGAAAAUGUUUGCAGACUAACAGAUUUUUCAAAAUAAUCGGCACUUGCCCCCAAAACAUUUGGAGGCGUUGAAUAGGGCUUUUCAUUCACAGUCAUUUGUUUCGAGCUUCUGUCAUGUGUCACAUAAUAUUAAUAUAUCUACGUCAUACGUUAUUGAUAUAUACCAAUGAUACAAACCAAAGACGUAUGGCGUAGAUAUAUUAAUAUUAACACAUGACACAUGACAGAAGCUCGAAACAAAUGACAGUCGAUGAAAAGCCCUAUAGGUUGCCUAUAUGAGUCCAUAGUGAAUGAAAUGAAAAUACACUUACAAUAAUUUUUACAGUCGGAAAAAUGAAAGAAUAUCCAUGAACGAUCACAUCAAUCACUUAUUUUGUAUUUGCUGUCUUUUUCUAUAAAUAACAAACGUUUGUUAUAGAAAAAGAUAGCAAAUACAAAAUAAGUGAUUGAUGUGAUCAUUCACGGGCUUUUCAUCGAUUGUCAUUUGUUUCGAGCUUCUGUCAUAUAUUGUCUAAUCUGUGUAUAAUUAUUAAUAUACACGGUUUAUACAACAUAUGACAGAAGCUCGAAACAAAUGACUGUGAAUGAAAAGCCCUAUUCUUUCAUUUUUUCCGACUGUAUUUACCCCAGACGACCGGUUUAGCUUUCUACAAUAUGCAAAGCAUCAUCAGGUCUUGGUCAGUACAUAGGAUUUUAAGAUGCGUCUGUAACACCACAUCUCGAAGGCAUUGAGCAUUAGCAUAAUAUGUAUAAUCUUCUGUAAGGGAGUUUGAAGUAAGUAUUAGUAAUCACAAACUUUUCUUAUGCUGCAAAUUCACCUGAUAGGUAUUCUCGUUCAUUUUUUUCUUUUAGCCUAAACUGUCCUAUAAACUCUCUCCAUUGUCUCCUACCAAUCUUGACAUUUAGAUCACCUCUAAUCAAAGUUAAAUCCUUUUUUGGAAGAAUUUUUGAAGUAUUGGACAAUUCUAUGUAGAAUGCUUUACUUAUGUCAUAUAUGUAUGUAGUUUGUCAACUGUAAGAGCGUGUACCUGGAUAAGGUGUAGUUGUAAUUAGAUAGUAUACACGAGCGGGACACCCUCAAAAAAGCGCUUAAUUUUCGAGAUACUGACCACGGAGGGGUGAAUGGCUAAUUUUAUUCAUACUUUAUAUUUUCGAGGGUGCUGAAAACGAAAAUGAAGUUUAUUUUGAAUUUUAUAUGGGGGAACUUUGUCAAAAUCGCAAUUUUAACCUAAAAAUAAAAAAAAUGAAAUCACGUUUUUUUUUGCAUUUACCUCGCUACAACUCUGUUCGAUUUUAAUAUUUUUUUUCUGAAAUUUUUACAGUAUAUAGCUCUAACAUUUCUGAAGACAGCGGUUCCUGUUUCAAGCUUUUAUUCUUAUCCCGAUAAAGAUUAUGAAUUUUUUAAAGGAAAAUGUGCGGAUUUGCGCAUUGCAAAGUUUAAUUGCAAAAGUUGUGUGAUGAAGUUAAAAAUUUAGCUUCUUAAUUACGUUUAUGUUAAAGUAGAGAGUACAAAGAAGUUUUUUGGUAAGUUUUAGAUCAAAAUGUUUUAUAAAAAAAAUAGUGCAACUUUUAGGGCCGGUACUUUAUGUCUCCGUUAACAGCCGGUUAGUUAACCGAGGUUUAAUCGGGACAGAAAUAUAUGCAAAACAUAGACAUAAACGCAAUUAUACUUAUUAUUAUAUUCAUAAAUAAUUAUAGUAAUAAUUAUAAUUGCUUUUAUUACAACGCAAGAGGCCCUAUGGGGUACUUUUCUGUCCCGAUUAAACCCCGGUUAGCUAACCGAGGUUUAACCGGGACAUAAAGUACCGGCCCUUAGUGUCGACAUUAGAAAUCCCCAAUAUAACGCUUAUUUUUCGAGAUACUGACCAUGGGUGGAGAAUGGCUAAUUUCAAUCUUAGAUUAUGUUUUUGACCGUGAUGAAAACGAAAAUGAAAUUUAUUUUAAAUUUUAGGUGGGGAAAUAUUGUCAAAAUUGCAAUUGUACCCUAAAAAUAAAAACAAAAUAAAUCACGUUUUUUGCGUUUAGCUUGCUACAACUCUGGUCAGUUGUAAUAUAUUUUUUUAAAGUUUGUACGCUAUAUAUCGCUCACUUUUUUGAAGACAAUGGUUUCUGCUUUAAGCUUUUAGUUUUAUUCUAGUAAAAGUUAUGAAUCUUUUAAAGUACAAGGUGCAGAUUCGUGAAUUGCAAAGUUUAGUCGCAAAAUCUGACUGACAAAAUUUGAAAUAUAGAUUUUAAAUCAAAUUCAAAAAUAAAACAUGAGUACAAAGAAGUUUUCUGGAAAGUUUUGGAUCAAAAUGUUUUAUAAAAAACAAAUGGUGCAACGUUUAACAUCUACGUUAUAAAUCCCCAAAAUAACGCUAAUUUUUCGAGAUACUGAUCAUUGGUGGCGAAUGGCUAAUUUUGAUCUUACUUUAUGUUUUUGAUGGUGCUCAAAACGAAUAUCAAGUUUAUUUUGAAUUUUAGGUUGGAGAAAAUUGUCAAAAUCGCAAUUUUGCCCUAGAAAUAAAAAAAGUUAAACCACGUCUUUCUUAAAAUUUAAAGUUGCACCAUAUUUUUUCUAUAACAAAUCUAGACCUAAAACUUCUUUGAACUCUAUGGUUUAACAUAAACGUAAUCAAAUAGAUAAAUUUUAAAUUUUGUCACUUAAUUUUUGCGAUUUAACUCUUCAAUUCACUAAUCUGAACCUUUUAUUGUUAAAAAUUCAUAACUUUUAUAAAAAAAAGAAUGAAAGACUACAGUUACUUUCAUAGUCUUCACAAAGGUAAGAAAUAUGUGCCGUAGAAAUUUUAGAAAAAAAAUAUUAAAAUGGAACAGAGUUGUUGCGAGUUAAACGUAAAAAUUCGUGUCUUCACUUUUUUUUUCAUUUUUAGGUUAAAAUUGCGAUUUUGACAAUGUUCCGUCACAUAAAAUUCAAAAUAAACCUCUUUUUCAUUGUCAGCACCAUCGAAAACAUAAAAUAAGACCAAAAUUAGCCAUUCACCUUCCAUGGUCAGUAUCUCGAAAAAUGAGCGUUAUUUUGGGGAUGUAUAACGUCUAUAUUAAAAUUUGAGCCAUUUUUUUUUUCUAUUAAACAUUUGUGACUAAAACUUUCCAGAAAACUUCUUUGUACUCUAUGUUUUAACAUAAACGUGAAUAAUAAGAUAAAUUUUGUUUGUUAACUUUUGCGAUUAAACUUUGCAAUUCACGAAUCUACACCUUGUACUUUAAAAAAUUCAUAACUUUUACUAGAAUAAGACUAAAAUCUUAAAACAGAUACCGUUGUCUUCAAAAAAGUGAGCAACAUAAUAUAGUGUACAAACCUUAGACAAAAAUAUUAAAAUCGACCAGAGUUGUAGCGAGUUAAACGCAAAAAACGUGAUAUCACUUUUUUGAUUUUUAUGGUAAAAUUGCGAUUUUGACAAUAUUCCCCACCUAAAAUUUAAAAUAAAUUUCAUUUUCGUUUUCAGCACCGUCAAAAACAUAAUCUAAGAUCAAAAUUAGCCAUUCACCAUCCAUGGUCAGUAUCUCGAAAAAUAACCGUUAUAUGUAUUGGGGAUUUCUAAUAAUAAAAGUCCGUCGAUAAUAAAAGUUGCAAUAUUUUUUUUCUAUAAAACAUUUUCAUCUGAAACUUACCAGAAAACUUCUUUGUACUCUCUACUUUAACAUAAACGUGAUUACGAAGCUAAAUUUUAAACUUCGUCAUACAACGUUUGCGAUUAAUCUUUGCAAUGCACAAAUCCGCACUUUUUCCUUUGAAAAAUUCAUAACCUUUAUCAGGAUAAGAAUAAAAGCUUAAAACAGAUACCGUUGUCUUCAGAAAUGUUAGAGCUAUAUACUGUAAAAACUUUAGAAAAAAAUAUUAAAAUCGAACAGAGUUGUAGCGAGGUAAACGCAAAAAAAAAACUUGAUUUCAUUUUUUUUUAUUUUUAGGUUAAAAUUGCGAUUUUGACAAUGUUCCCCCACAUAAAAUUCAAAAUAACCUUCAUUUUCGUUUUCAGCACCUUCAAAAAUAUAAAGUAUGAAUAAAAUUAGCCAUUCACCUCUCUGUGGUCAGUACCUGGUCAUUUUAGGGAUAUCUCCCGCUCGCCUAGUAUAUAUACGUUGGGCCAAACGUAUAAUACGAUGUUACUAAUAAAUAAUCUCAUGUGUUUAUGGUUUAUGUUUAUGGUUUUUUACCAAGAAAAUUACGAUACUGGAUGGAGCUGUGUAUUUCGUGUUUACCACACAAAAGUCGUUCGUUAACUAAAUAAUAGCAAAAGCUAAUAUAAUACUGUCUGUGUGUUCUAUUCACAUCUGCAAAACAUUAAAAUAUAAAAGAAAUAUUCAGACCACACAAAAUUAGGGCAUUGGACCAUGUAGGCACCGGGCUCUGAGAGGCUAUUUAUGUGUUGGUGGUUGACAAUACGCAUCUCACAGCCAGGGCUGGAUUUACAUAUGGGCUGAAUGGGCUAUAGCCCAGGGCGGCAGAAUUCAGAGGGGGCAAAUUUUGGUAAAAAAAUGAAAAAUUGCAGGGGAGAGGGCGGAAAAUUGUGUAUAGCCCAGGGGCGGCAAAUCUUCAAAUCCGCCUCUGCUCACAGCAACCUUCCAGAGGCGCAGUCUAAGGGUUUGGUUUCUUACAAUAGGUAUUAAGUUGAAGGAGGAGUAUUAUUUCCAAUAUGUCUGGCAGUUUCUUGAUUUCAGAUGAUACCUACUCCAUUUUCGUGUCUUCCGUUGAGGUUAUUUGAAUAGUAUAUAAUGUAUUAUAGUAUAUAGGUAAUAUGAUGAUCACUAAUUUCACAUUGUUCAGGGUAAAAUCCAUCUCAUUUCGUUUAUUCUCAUUCUGAAAUCUUAUUUAUACUGAAAUACUUUGGGCUCAAACAAAAUUUUUAUCCAAUAUAAUCGGUGCUGUUAGUUUUAUCAUGGAUGUGUAAGAAUAAAGUAAAUAAACGUUAAAUAAUCGGGUUUUACGAAAACGUACUAUGUUUUUUAUUUGUUUUAUACUGUAAGAAGUUUUAGGAUUAAUUUCAUUGUGCAUUGUUUGUUACUUAGGCCUGGAUCCCGCGUACCAAAAAAAAGUUGAUUAAUAAAUUUUAGCAAGCCGAAAAUUUGUUAAUAGCUUAACGGUGUCUAGUCGGACAAACUUUGCUGUGCGGGAACACUGGAACAGGGGAAGUUUUAAUUGUGGAACGUGUCAUCCUGACAAGUUUAUGAUUGUGAAAACUAAUAGGUUGUUUUUAAGUUUAUUCAAUAGCAAACUUUAUACAGGGUGUUUCAUUAAUAAUUGUCCAUAUAUUAACUGGAGAAACCUUAGCUCAAAAUACGAAGAUUUAACCUAAAACACUUAAAUAAAAUGUGGUUCCUUACUGAGUUACAGGGUGUUUUAUCUAAAAAUUUAAUAACUAUUUUUGCUCAGAAUUUUUAAACUAUUCGACAUAUCCUUUUCAUACUUGGCAGAAAGUGCGACUACUAUACACCCUACUAAAUUAUGAUACACAAACGUUUCUAGCUACUACCAGAUGCGUACGACAGGGGAUAGUGAAUGGUUGACCUUUCUCAAAUUCUACGCCACUGGAGGAAUUACUAUUUUAGUGCUAUUUUUAGAUUCACCAAUACUCUCUACGUAAAUAAUAUACUCUUCAUUGGUAACGAUAAAGUCAUUAGUUUUCGAGAUAUUUGAAGUUAAAUAUGAAACAGCACAGUUAUUUUGAUUAAUUUAUGAUAUGAUUCAUAUGAUUAAAAUUUAAAAAUUAUUUGUACCCUGUACUUUGAAACUAUUUGGCCUAUCCUUAUUAUACUUGGCAGAAAGUGUAGGUACUGUAUAUCCUACUAAAUUAAGAUAAAUAAACGUUUCUAGCUACUACCAGAGGCGUACGACAGGGGAUAGUGGCUGGUUGACACUUCCCAAAUUCUACGCCACUGACGAAAUUGCUAUUUUAGUGUAAUUUUUUGAUUUUCCAAUACUUUUUACGUAAAUAAUAUACUCUUCAUUCGUAACGAUAAAAUGAUUAGUAUUCGAGAUAUUUUAAAUUAAAAAUGAAGGGAUACACUACACUAAUCAAAUUAACCGUGUCGUUUCAUUUUUAACUUCAAAGAUCUCGAAAACUUAUGACUUUAUCGUUACGAAUAAAGAGGAUAUUAUUUUCAUAGAAAAUAUUGGAGAAUCCAAAAAUUAAACUAAAAUAGCAAUUCCGCCAGUGACGUAGAAUUUGGAAAGGGUCAACCAUUCACUUUCCCCCGUCGUACGCCUCUGGAAACAGGCCAGAAACGUUUUUUAAACAAAAUUUAGUAGUUUGUACAGUACCUAUACUUCCUGCCAAGUAUGAAAAUGAUACGUCGAAUGGUUUUAAAAUGCUGAGCAAAAAUAGUUUUUAAAUUUUUAAAUAAGACACCCUGUAACUCAGUAACGAACCACAUUUUAUUUAAGUGUUUUAGGUUAAAUCUUCGUAUUUUGUGCUAAGGUUUCUCCAGUUACUAUAUGGACAAUUAUUAAUGAAACACCCUGUAUAGUCUGUUCCAACGAAAAUUUGACCCUACAUAAACUCAGAAACCAAGAGCUUCAAAAUUAAAAAAAAAAACGUCAAUUUAUAUUGGGAGGGGGACGAAUUUUCAUGCAAAAUCCAUGCCCUCAAAUGUAAGCCCCUACUGCCCCUCAUCAACCCCCACUUUUUGUUAAAUAAGUGUGGUCGAGUGGCACAUAAUUUGAAAGGUAAUUUUUUCUCUACAUGACAACUUAAUUUUUUUUAAGUUAUACUUCUUUAGGCGCGAUUGAGAUUGAGGGUGAACUUAUAUUGAUCUGCGCGCAUGCGCACACCGACAGUUUGGUAUUAGUCUUUAUACGGCCUCUGAUUGGGUGUUGAAAUGAUCUGUCAAUAAUUGUUCAAUAUGGAGGUUACCGGUAAACAAAAAUGUUGUAUAAUAUAUUAGUUUUUAUUGUUGUGAGGACAGAAAUAAAAUCAAAUUUAUAAUUAUAGUGACUGUUUAAAUAGUUUUGAAAAGCCACAGGUACGUAAUUCUAAAUGUUUCAGUUGUAUUCCAAUAAAAAAUUAUCUUCAUACCUAUUUGGAAAAUGUAAAAAAAAAUAAUGUACUUACCUAGUACUUGCUAUGCUAUACCCCUAGUAGGCAAUGCUUUAAUUUACAUAAUCUGAUUACGAACAAACUUUCUACAAAUUUUCAUCUAGUGUAUCGUUUUCUUACUCUAUAUAUUGUUGUAUUUUAAUUCGACAAAAAUGAAACUAAUAAAAAUUCAUAUAAACAAAAUGUCAAAAUGUUGUUCAGUUUGUGUAUAUUCCCACAUUACGUAUACGCGAAGGUGGUGCAGUUUGAAAUCGAUUCGACUCUCGUACAGCGGGAUACACGGGAAGUAGGUUCAAGCCCAAUGCAAGUUAUAUCAUUUUUUUUGUUUUUUUUUAUAGAUUUUAUGAUUGUAAGUAUAUUAUUAUAUAAUUUUUUUCAGAAAAUACGUAUUUAAUUAAAAUUUUUGGCAACAAUUAUUGUUCAGAAAUCAUUUGUGGCAUUUUUCAAUGUGUUUGUGUGUGUUUUAUUCUUUUAUUUUUUUAAUUUUUGGUAUUGUUUUAAUAAAAAUUUUUGGAAAGUAGUAGAGAAACUGUUUAAAGUAUAUUGAUUUCGUUGGAAUCAUAUAAUAGAAGUAUAACUUCUUACAUGCGUACAAAGUACACACAUUCUUUUUUUUUAAUUUACGUAAUAAAUUUGAAGAUAAUUUUUGAGUUAAAAAAUUUAUUAUAAACUAGUUAAAUCCAAAAUUAUCUUUAAAGUUAUUCCGCAAAUUAAAAAAAAUAUAGAGGGUCGUAUAGACAAAAAAAAAAUACCUUUCAAAUGAUGCAUCACUCAACUACAUUUGCUAUUUAUAAAAACUGGGGUCAGUAGGGGGUUACAUUUGAGGGCAUGAAUUUUGCAUAAAAAUUAGUAAACACGUGUUUGUGAAGACACUGAUAACGCCUAGUUGGGGGGGGGGGUGAAUAUAUGAAAAAAUGUUUGUGAAUACGUUUGCAUUUUUAAUAAGUCCGACACGUAGAACACGUCAAAUGACAUGAAUUAUAUUGGUGGUAAAGAGCAGUCUGAUUUUUCCAUGUUUUAGUUUAAUGAAAGGGUAUCUGACAAAUCAAUUGGAAGUUCUGUCCGACAAAAUAUUGUACAUGGGAAGAUCUCGUAGUCUGACGUUCGAAAUCUGUAACCUUUUCCACAAUUAAAACUUCCCCUGUUACAGUGUUCCCGUACAUCAAAGUUUGUCUGACUAGACACCGAUAAGCUAUUAAGCUUAUUAAGCUAUUUCAGCUUGCUAUUAAUAAACUUUUGUUUGGUACGCGGAAUCCAAGCCUAACUGUUUUAUAAGUUUAGAUAUACUAUUGCGUUGUUUGUAAUAGUCAUAAUACUGGUGUAAUGCUGUUGUUUUUUGAUGUUAUUUAAUUUCUGGCGUUUGUAUAAUUUGUGAUAAAUAUUUGUUGUAGUAGAAUUAGUUAGGGAUGGGAAAAACCUACCGGUUUAAACCUAAAACCGGUUUUUUUACUUCGCAAUAACCGGUUUUACCGGUUAUUUUUUUGUCACGGUUAUAACCGGUUUUUUCUUUUUAAAGAAAAAACCGGUUAUUAGGUUUUUACGGUGAUUAGGAUUAGGUUAGGUAUUAUUUGGGAUCCCAAUCAUAAUAAUUAUUAUUCUCAAGUAACUAUUCCAAACAAAACCAUAAUUCAAAUUUUAUUUUAUUUUAUAAAUACAGAAGCAAACUGAAGUGCAAUCUCACAUCAGCCAGCAGAAUCAGUUAUUAAGUUUUAUGUAAUAUUUCCUUGAAAAGGUAUUUGUAAUCAUAAUAUUUACAUAAGAAGUGUCUGUAUGAAUUAGACGCAAGCCAAGCAUCAUCUAUUUUUCACACUAAACUCUUAAACUCUUGACAUUGAAAGUCGGUGAAUGAUUUUAUCUGAUUACCAAAAAUAAUGCUCUGCCUAUGCAUAUCGUAUUACUGAUUACGAAUACGAAUCUCCAAGAAUUUCCCUACGUUUUCAAAACGAUACACCCAUACAGGAAGUAUUAAAUUAGUUAAAAUGUACCUAUUCUAGAAAUAUAUACAAACGUGUUAAAAGUAAUACAUGAUACAUUUUUUUGAUUGUAGUAAAAAUAAAAGAUAUAUUGCAUUAUCCAAUUUAUUUUUAAGUAAAAUAUUUAUGUUGAUAUUAUUUUUUUUAAAUCCCAUUUCAAAGAGUCUGGGAAAUUUUUUAUAAGUUGAAAUGGUUGGGGAAUUUUUUGAUUUUGGGAGGAGAGGAAAAUUGUAAUUGUAAAUGUAACUUUGUAACCUAUUGGAUUAAAAAACCGAAAACCGGUUUUUCCAAAAACCGGUUUUUUUUGACCGGUUAUAACCGCCAGGUUAAACCGUAAGCAAAAAAAACCGGUAUAACCGAAAACCGGUUUUUUGUUAAAAACCGCCAUCCCUAGAAUUAGUUAUACAGUGAGCACGUAAAGGUUGGAAUAAAUUCAUUUUAUCGAGAAUGGACGAUUUGUGAAAAAAAUCCCGAAACAGGUCAAUUUUUAUUUUUAAAUUACGACUUUUUGGCAUAUAUGUCAUACUAGUGACGUCACCCAUCUGGGCGUGAUGACGUCAUCGAUGAUUUUUUUAAACAGGAAUAGGGGUCGUGUGAUAGUUAAUUUGAAAGGUAAUUUAAUUCUCUAUUCAGUAAUAUAAACAUUUACAUAACUAUUUACACAGGGUGUCUAAAAAAUUUUUUUUAAAUUAAUUUUAUUGACAUAAAAAGAAGAAUGCAUGUAAUUUUUAUUUAGUCCAAAAUACAUUAUAAGGUUCUUAGAACACAGAAAAAAAUGUUUAUUUGAAAAAUAAUCAUUGCUUUUCCCUUAAAUCAAAUGUUCAAAUGUAAAAAAAUUAAAUGUUCAAAAAGAGGAAGGUGAGUGGGCGGCUAAAAUGCUAAAACGAUAUUUAUUUGUUAAAUAAACUUUAUUUCCUGUUUUCUGAUAGCAGUAAAAUGUAUUUUGAGUUAAAUAAAUUACACACAUUCUUCUUUUUAUGUCAAUAAAUUUAAUUUAAAUAACUUUUUUUGGACACGCUGUAUAAAUAAUUAUGUUAGUGUCUAUAUUACUGAAUAGAGAAUUAAAUUACCUUUCAAAUAAGCUAUCACACGACCCCUAUUCUCAUUUAAAAAAAUUAUAGAUGACGUCAUCACGCCCAGAUGGGUGACGUCACUAGUAUGACACAUAUGUCAAAAAGUCGCAAUUUAAAAAUAAAAAUUGACCUGUUUCGGAAUUUUUUUCUAAAAUCGUCCAUUCUCGAGAAAAUGAAUUUAUUCCAACCUUUACGUGCUCACUGUAUGUUCAGUUCAAUGGAACUUAAUGUAUUUUUUACAAAGAAUUUUAUGAAAUUUGUUUUUUUCAUAUGAAUUAAAUACCUAGUACUUCUA